AUGGCAUCUAAAGAAACCGCCAGUCUCCCAGUCAUUGACUUUGCCAAGAUCAUUGGCCCCUCAAUCUCCCGCUCGCCAGGAGUUUUGGAAGACAGCAUCAAAGAGAAGCAAAAGCUCUUCGAUGCCUUUGUCAACGUUGGAUUUGUGUACCUGGCAAACCACUCCAUCCCUGACUUUGCACGAGAAAACCUCUUCUCCCACGCAAAGAAAUUCUUUGCUCUGCCCGUAUCAGAAAAGGCAAAAGUCGAGACUGGCGAGUCCAAGGGCUUCCAUGGAUGGUUUUCUCCCGCUCGAACUUCAGGAGAUUCUCGCCAUUCCGAUCUCAAAGAAGCGUUUGAUGUUGGAAAAGAGAACGAUCCCACGAGGCCAAAUCAGUGGCCUGAGAACUGGCCCGAGUUCCGCGAUGAUAUGAACUUUUUCUUUGAGAAAUGUCAUGAGGUCCAUCUUGUUCUCCUUCGUGUUCUCGCAGAGCAAGUCGGUGUCGAUGGGGGCUUCUUUGAGCCUCAUGUUGACGAGAAGGACCACUUCUUUCGUGUCAUCUAUUACCCUGAGACAACUCGGGCUGCGUUCAAGGAAAGGACCAGGGCCUCGGCACACACAGACUAUGGUACCCUUACCUUGCUCUUCAACGAUGAGAGUGGGGGUCUGCAGGUGCGCCGAGCCGACGGGAAGUACAUCGAUGCUCCACCGAUUCCCGGAUGCGCCAUUAUCAACGUUGGGGAUCUGCUGUCCCGCUGGUUCAACGACAUCCUCAUCUCUACCGAGCACCGCGUUGUGGAGCCGGUCCCCAAGCCUGAUGCCGACGGCAACAUCCCUGACAUUAUCCCGGCACGCUACUCCAUCGCCUGGUUUGGUCAUCCUAACCGAGAGGCGUUAGUUGAGCCCAUCAAGGCUUGCUGCACUGCGUCGAACCCACAGAAGUAUGGCGCAGUCUACGCGGGAAAGCACGUUGUGGAGAGAUUGGCGUAUCUGCAUAAAAACGGCCAAAACACCACGACCUGGACUGAUGAUAUGCAACGCGAGACGUCUGAGGCUGUAGCUAAUGCUCCGCUGCUUCAAGCAGGUAGUGCAUGA